AUGACCACCGAUUACCAUUCGCCAAUUGACUUGAGUUGCUACCCGGUACCUACUUGUAUCGACCUCCCGAUUCACCAGUGAUUGAAUAAUGAGAAGCCAAAAUGAAAAUUUAAAAAGUUUAUCUCAAUAUGAAGCCGAAAAAUACGUUGCAUCAAACUUUGGGUUGAACUCAACGAAAAAAAAUGAAAAUAAAAUGAAAAAAACGUCUAAAAAACUACGUGAUCGACGUUCCAAUGGAAGUCAGUUUUUAUAGAACCUGCGUCGCGUAUAGCCGCUCUCGCCGAGAAUCGGUGAGGAUUUCGACUCUGCGUUUUUAUAGGUACUUUAACUAGAUAUGUCCUUUAGAUUUGGAGGAUCACCAAAGAAUACAAAAACUUUGACGCUUUAUUUAGCUGAGCCAAACUGAGGAAAGAUUGUCUGUAAAAAAUGAAGUUGAAAAAAAGCAUUCAUUGUUUUUUUGUUCAAAAAAAGGCAAGCCUUUGAUGUCACCUCUCUCGGACAUUGUUAUCGCGAAACGGACGCGGAUCAGACGUGUCAAGGCAUUUCUAGUGACCACUUUAGUAGCCUCAGCGCUCUUAAGUGAUCCCAAAAAAUGCCCAGAAACGUCCGGAGCAUGUCCGGUUUCCGUCACCGAAGUCCAAGCUAAAGUUUUCCAAGAUUCAACUAGGCGCAGUUUCCUUUCAAAAAUAUGCGUUUAAGUGACAACAAACUAGCGUUCUCAUUUCAAAUUAAACAAACGACUUUCCGUUGCUGAGCGAGUCGAGAAACUCUUUGAAAGGGUUGGUAGACGUGUUAGGGUUGCGCUUUUCAAUUCUGACGAAUCUUAUCAGACACAGGUUUCAGCUCAAACUACGAUAGUAAAAAUUUGAUACGAAUCCUUGUGACCAGGUUCUAUGGUCUUUUUUCUGCUAAUUAUCUUAAGUUGUAUCGAAAAUUUGUGUCUGUGAGAAGAAAACCGUGUGGUACCUUAAAUGUGAAUGUGAAGAAGAAAUAUUUCAGGAGAUACGUUCUCAGUUUUUUCUUUGGUCAUGCAAAAGCUGAAGAAUUACUUUCAUGGGCAUGAAAAAGGUAUAAAGAUGCUGUGAGAGAAAAAGUUAUUUUGGUUUCGAUUUCAGUUUGGGCGCUCAUUAACGCAAACGCCAACCAUGUGGAGAUCAGAAUGGUGGAAAACGUGAGAGAAAACGCUGGCUCCUAUGAUAAAAUGAAUGCAACUUGGCCCAUGUAUCCUGGAAUAACAAAUCGGAAGGAUAAGCGCGCCUCAAGCAAACGUCUCCCCUGUCAAACUCCAUGUGAGUUGAACAAGUUUCACAGUCAACUUUGCUCUAGACAAUAGAAACUUAACUAUAACUUUGAGCAUUCAUCCUGAAUUAAUUUUAAAAAUUUUCAAAGCCUCCGUAGUUGACUUUGAAUCUUUUUGGCUAUCUAUUCUCGAUAUUAGUUUUUUUAUUUAUUCCAACUGUUUUUACCUUUAAAAAAAGAACUUUCAGCGUCGCCGUCGUUUUGGCGGAAAAACCCAUUAUGUCAUCAACGGUUCCCGCGUAAGGUAUUUUUUGAAUUUUAUUCAUCCGUUUUUUUUUCAAACCCUUUUCUUUUCAUUUUUCAGAAAGAGGAAGAAUCGAAAAAAACGAGCAGGAGCUGCCAGUCUGAUUUUAUCGCCAUUUUUUUAAAAAUUAUUUUUUUAAUAAAGUUUAAUAAUUGAUUUGUGGGUCUUUUUUUCUUUUUUUGAUGGUUCAAGUCCCAUCUUCAUAUUUCAAAUUUCGCCUGGGACUGUUUGAACGUGGGCAUCUGCUUUGUUACAAAUUCUGCUAUUUCUUUAAUCUCUUAGAAUGCUGUCCUUCUGAAGUUCGUCUUGUCGAUUCUUUGUAGUUGAAAGAACAAAGGUGAAUCGGGAGGUCGAUGCAAGUAGGUACCGGGUCGCAACUUAUUAGCUAUUUUCAUGGAGCCGGAAAGCAUACGCUCGUCAGGAAAUCUACCCGGUAGCAUCGCGAUACCGCUCCGGUACUAUCCAGGUAGCAUAGAGAUAGAACCUGGUACAAACGAUCACCCAUUAGCAUACGUAUGCGCCUGUUCAAGGUGGCCGGUCGUAUUACGGUAGCCCUGUUUCAGUUCCCAAAGGCCUCUAAAUACAAGAAUGAAUAUGUAUUUUAUUGAAAUUUCAGUCUUAAAGCUCUUGACCGGUUGAAAAGCGACUAUUGAACAUGAUGAUCAACUUUUGGAGAAAGAUUUAACGAUUGAGAUGACGACUAUUGUGACUUGAUAUAUUUUUUGUCGAAAAUGUUUGGAAUAGCUUUAUAAUUUCAGGUUCAACGUGACACAGUGUCUUCCGAAGAAACGCUAAGAUUGAUCGAAGGCCACAAGAAGUCGGAUGAAUACGACAGAGAAGAAGAAGAAGUUCUAAUCGAGUCGAAUAACUUCCGAAAAUUAUCGAGAAGAGUUUGGACAAGUUGGACGAACGUGAAACCAGUAUCAGUGAAAAAAGCACCGUUCCAUAUGUCAGUUUUCUUUUUUUUUUCCGAGUGCUGA